AAGUAUCAGGAACGUGCCGAUAGACCUCUGUCCUUCGCACCCGGUGUUCUUCGUCGAAUUUCUGUUCUGUCUAUCGAUAUCUUCGAUGCCGUUCUAGGGUUUGAUCCGAGAGAUUCUUCACCUUUCGUAGGUAACAUCUCUAGAUUAGGGACGUUCUCUGCUCCUUAGCAGAAAAAUCAUCUUCUCUUUCUUUCAAGUUUCAGCCAUUAGGGUUAGGGUUAGGGUUUGCGGUACUUGUUUCUUCUCAGUUCGAAGUUCUAUCUGGGCGUCUUUCCAGCGCUAGGGUUUGAGGUUUCUAUCGUUUUUGUUCAGAUCGCUAGUGUUUAGGAUAUUUGUAUUAGGUUUCAUCUUUUGUCUUCUUAGGUUUGACUGAAGAAAAUGGCUUCAUUGACGGCGAUUUCUACUGCUAUUAAAGCCGGCGAUGAGAAAACAGAGAAACUUCGCAAAGCAUUCGAAGAUCUCCAAGCACACUCUUCUUCCCUUGCUUCAUUCACCCUUCAGUGGAAGGACCUGGAGGAGCAUUAUGACUCGAUCAAGAAUUCCAUCGAGGAACGCUUGAAGGUACUUAAAUCGAAGGAGUCACAAGCCGGUGAUGAAUCGGAUGUGAAAGAAUCUCCUCCCCAUAAUGUGGUCUCUAAUGGGAAGCAAUCUGUGGAGGAAGAUGACGAUUUUGCUCCUACCCCUGAGUUGGUGUCCCUCUGCGCCAAGAUGGAUGCGAAAGGUUUGUGGUGCUACAUACUCGAGCGUCGGAAAGAGCUGCCUUUGAUCCGGGAUGAAGUUGCUAUUGCUCUUAAAUCUGCACCGGAUCCACCGAAGCUUAUUUUUGACGCAAUGCAAUGUCUUUAUUCCAAAAAUCGCAAGAGAGACAAGCUCGGUGAAUUGGCGGCUAUCAAAGCUUGUGUGUUUUUAUUAGAACAACAAACGGCGAUUUCCGCACAGGUUAAACCUCAGGUGAAGGAAAAGGCGAAGAAAUUGGCCAUUGAAUGGAAAGGGAAACUUAAUUCAAGUAGUGAUCCUUUAGAGACCUUAGCCUUUUUGCAACUUCUUGCUACCUACGACUUGGCCUGUGCUUUUCGCGAAGAUGAGCUUCUUGAUCUCGUUCUGACUGUCGCUAGGCGCAGACAGGCAAUUGAUUUGUGUCGAGCGCUUGGUUUCACAGAAAAGAUGCCUGAUUUUAUUCAGAAACUUACUAGUAAGGGGAAGCAUCUUGAGGCUGUAAAAUUUAUAUUUGCGUUUGAGCUUGCUGGCAAGUUCCCACCAGUACCUCUCCUUAAAACUCACGUUAAGCAGUCCAAGAAAAUAGGACAGGAAAUUCGGCAAAAGGGAAAUUACUCAAUUCAAUCACAGAAUGAGGCUUCAGCCAGGGAAGUUACUGCCUUGAGGGCAGUAAUGAAACUCGUCGAUGAACAUGAUCUUGAAUCCCAGUACCCUUGUGAGAAUCUAGAGAAGCGUAUUGAACUGCUGGAGAAGAUGAAGGCGGAUAGGAAACGCAAUGAGACCUCAUCCAACAAGAAGCAAUCUGGAAGUAAACGUCCUCGACAGUCAUCACCUGCUGAUUCUCCUCGUGCUGCCACCCCGAAAACAGUGCCUCGGCCAAGUUCUACUGUUCCGCAAAUUCCUCAGACUCAGUUGCAGCCCUCUAGCUUGUUGCAAGAUCGAGUUGCUCCUUACUUUGGCUCAGCAGCUGGGCCGUAUGGAUUGGGAGGACCAUCUUCUGUGUCCCCUUACCUAAGGACAUCUUCUGAAUUGUAUGGGGUUGGAGCUAACCCACUCAGCUUUGGUGGACACCUAAGCCCGCCUAGGUCCCACCUUUACUCUUCAGAGUCACACCCUUCUGGUCUUUAUGACAGGUCUUCCCUCUAUGGUGGCUAUGGUUUACCACCUCCUCAGCAUCGCCCCUUGUUCUUCCCCUGAUAGGUUUUGAGGGUGAGAGUUGUCAUGGUGGUAAGCAGGCUCUGCCUAUUUCAUAUGAACCUAUGAUAUCAUUGUACAAAGGAUAGGUCUAAAAUGUUAUUAUUUUGUUAACUGCCAUUUAUCAAGAUAUUUGUUUUGAUGAUACUUAUUUUGAUAGAUGAUGUUCUUCUAUUGAGUGAUAAUUUCAUGGAUAAAGGUGCUUUGGUGAA